AUGGCUGUACCAGUUGCAUUAGCAAUAUGGCUGAACUCCGAAAACUUGGAUUUAUUGCUACAAUCGAAGAGAAUGAUUCUUUAAAUCUAGCACCAGAAAGUUCUUCAAGUGAAGAUGAGGCUCCAGCAGGAGAAAAAGUCAAAAAGAAGAAAAAAUCACAGAUAAAUAGUUUUAACCAAAGUUUUUCAUUUACAGAUCAGUUUGAUCCACAAUCAGCAUUUAAUUUCGACCAUGCCCUUAAAUUUGCAAAGAGAAAAAGGGAACCCACCACUCUAGAUGAAAAGAUUGCCAAAGUUAGAAAAAGAAAGAAGAAAGAGAUAGCUGCUGAUGAUGACGAAGACCCAGUAAAUGUAGAUAACUCAGACAACGAAGAUAUGGAGGAAGAAGAAUCUUCAGAUGAAGAAAUGACAGCUGACUCCAUCAGAACAAAAGAAAAGAAGAAAAAGAAAAAGGGAAAGAAUAAGAAAACUGAUUUUGAUGAGGAAGAGAAGGAACUUGUAGAAUUCUCAGAGACUAUUGACAAUUAUGAUGAAAAGGCAACAUUUCAAGACAUGAAUGUUUCUAGACCUAUAAUGAAAGGAUUAAGCCGUAUGAAUUUUGCCAAACCUACACCAAUCCAGGCUGCUACUAUUCCUGUAGCUUUAUUAGGAAGAGAUCUCUGUGCAUGUGCUGUUACAGGGUCAGGUAAAACUGUGGCCUUUAUGUUACCUAUCCUGGAGAGAUUAUUAUACAGACCUAAAAACACAGCACUGACCCGUGUUCUUGUACUGGUACCCACUAGGGAAUUAGCUGUUCAGGUUCAUACAGUAGCCAGACAACUCUCGCAGUUCACUAAUGUUGAAUGCUGUUUGGCUGUUGGUGGUCUUGAUCUGAAAGCUCAGGAAGCAGCAUUACGGUUAUCACCUGAUGUUGUCAUAGCAACCCCAGGUCGAUUGAUUGAUCAUUUACAGAAUUCUCCCAACUUCACACUCAGAAAUAUAGAAAUAUUGGUGCUAGACGAGGCUGAUAGAAUGUUAGAUGAAUAUUUUGCUGAACAGAUGAAGGAGAUUAUAAGACAAAGUUCACAGACCAGACAGACCAUGUUGUUCUCAGCCACAAUGACAGAAGAGGUGAAGGAUCUUGCUGCAGUGUCCCUGAAGAAUCCAGUCAAGAUAUUUAUAAACCAGAGUACAGAUACAGCUUUAGGACUCAGACAGGAGUUUGUCAGAAUUAGGGCUAAUAGAGAGGGAGAAAGGGAGGCUAUCAUAGCAGGACUUGUAGCCAGAACAUUUAGAGAUCACUGUAUAGUGUUUAUACAAACAAAGAAACAAGCACACAGAAUGCAUAUAGUGUUAGGAUUACUGGGGGUAAAUGUUGGAGAGCUCCAUGGAAAUCUCUCUCAAGCUCAGAGGUUGGAAAGCUUAAAGAUGUUUAAAGAAGGAUUGAUAGAUGUUUUAUUAGCGACAGAUCUGGCAGCUAGAGGUUUAGAUAUAGAGGGUGUUAAAACUGUGAUAAAUUUUACCAUGCCCAACUCAUUGAAGCAUUAUGUACAUCGAGUGGGUCGAACUGCCAGAGCGGGAAAAAAAGGGAGAUCAGUGACACUUGUUGGAGAGCAAGAAAGAAAAAUGUUAAAAGAAGUAGUGAAACAUGCUAAAACACCAUUAAAAACACGGGUGAUACCUCAAGAAGUGAUAGGAAAGUACAGAGACAAAAUAGGCAAGUUAGAAUUAGAUGUGAAGGAAAUAGAAUGGACAGAACAGGAGGAGAAAGAAAUGAGAGCAACAGAAAACCAGAUAAAUAAAGCAAAUAAUCUGCUGGAAAAUCCAGGGGAUCAACACAAACGUGACUGGUUCCAGACUCACAAACAAAGAAUGCAAGAAAAGGCUGAUCAGAGACUUGGUGAAUUUUCGUUAUCCAAGAAAAAGAAUAUGAAGAAAGAAAAAAAAGUUGUGACGUCAGAAGACAGAGUGAAGAAUGAGUUAUUAAAAUCUGAGUUGUAUGCUGCAAGAAUAGCAAAGAAAGAACGUAAACCUAAAAAGAUGAGAGCAUUUGGGGAACAUAUAGAUAAAUCUAAGAAAAAGAAGAAACAAAAGAUAAAGAAGUCUGCAUUUGAUGAAGAACUAACUAGUACUGGCAGGACAGCUUUGAAAAAGUUCAGGGCUGGGCCUUCAUAUCAAGAAAGAAAGGAGAUGGGUAUGGUAGGAAAGAAACCUAAAGGAAAACAGUCAAAAAGACGGUGACAGUGUGCAAUAAAGGAUUAUGGGGAAGAUUGGAGAAAUGAACAUUUGUUGUCAUUAUGUACAUUAAACACUUCUUUUAUCUCAUUUAUGCUUAAAUUUGUUUUUAUUUCAAGUUGACAUAAUGUUUCUGUUAUGAUUUGGGUUAUUUUUUAUGUUUCCAGAAUAAAUUUCAGGAGCAUGUAUA